GUCAAGGCAGGCACGUGCUACCAUUGCUCCUAGAAUAUAUAUAUAUAUAUACACGCACACACACGUACACACAUAAAUAUAUAUAUAUGUAUAUACACAUACAUAAAGUGUUUGUGCAAGGAUUUAUAGAUUACGAUCCUUCGUAAUUGCUAUUCCUCAUUUAAACCUUUUUUUUUCUUUUAUCUUGUUCCUAGUGAUAUUAGUGAGUGAAUUAAUUUUUUUGGAUUUAGAUGUUUCUAAUCUUUUUAUAGAAAUUUUUACAUAAACUGUGAUCGUGAAUUGUGAUACAUAUAUACGUAUGUAUGUAUUAUUUUGUGAGAAGAUUAGAUUCAUCAUCGAAAAUUUAUAUCCUUUUUGUUAUUGGUAUCAAUCGAUUUAGGUGAAUUAAUUAAUCGCCAUCAAUCAUUGUGACAAAAGUUGGUUAGCAAGAAAGUAGUUCAAGUGCAAGUGACCCAGUCGCUGCCAACAUAGUGAGGCGAUUCACUUCAGGGCCGUUACGCGAAUUACGCCGAGAAAAGGCGGAAGUUUUCUUCAUGUCGUCAUCAUAUUUACUUCCUCCUCCUCCUUCUUCUUCUUCUUUUUAAUAGUCAAGAUCGUAAUCCGAUGAACGAACGAUUACAUACAUACAUUGAAUCAAUUAGUAGGUGGAGGUCAAUGGAAAGUCACGAACGGUCGUAUCUUUUGUGGAUUCAGAAAGAGUACCACCUCGAAAGCUUGCACUUGGGAGGAAGCCACGAUAUAAAUUGGAAACAGAUGGAUUCGCGAUAAGCGAACAGAAUCGAUCGAACCUUCGAGCGGAGUAACACGGUAUUGAGAAGAAGAAGAAAUAGAAUAAUUGAAAAUAUUUGCUUCUUAAUAGGAAGCUGUUUUUGGAUCACUUGAGAAUUUUCUUUGAGAAAAAAAUAAGAAUAAAAUAUCUCACGUUCGGGAUAUCGAAAAGAUUACUUUAUAUAUUCUUCAAGAAGAUACAUAUAAGAAAAACAAGAAUCAAGCAAGCAUAAUCAGAUACGGAGGCCAAUAAGAACGUUAAAAAGGAAGUUCCUUGAGGAAAGGGAGCGAAGUUUCUCGAAGACUUGACCGCCAUUAGCUUCGACUGACUCCCGUGUUCUACACUCACAAUCUUCUUUCUUCUCAAGAAGAAGCAACUUCGUAGGUGCCGUGCAAAGAGCAAAGAUCUCUCUUAAUACUCGUUAGUUAGUUCGUUCGUUAGUUCGUUCAUUCAUUCAUUCAUUCAUUCAUUCAUUUAUUUGUUCGUUCGUUCGUUCGUUCACACAAAUAUAUGUCAUACUUUUCUUUCUCUUUUUUCUUUCAACUUAUGAAACGGACUAUUUUCUCCAAUUAAAAAUACACGCUAAUUUCGUCGUGAUCUAAGAGAAAUUUGAGGAAACAUUAACAAGCGAGUAAUUUCGUCGAUAAAAAUUUUCAAAGAUUUAGAAAGAAGUAUUAAAAUCAAGACGUCAUUGAGAAGAAGCGGCAAAUUUUUCGAAAAAGGUGGAAUAUAGUGAAAGAAAGAUAGAUAGAUAGGUAGAUAGAUAGAUAGAUAAAAAAAGUUAAGUCAAGACUCUUAUUUUUUCAAGUUGGAAUCAAUUUCGAAAUUUGGAAAAAAUACAGUGGGAUUUGUUCUGUCACUUCUCGGAUAAACAAUUUCGAAGGCUGUGAGCACGUGUAUUUAACUUAGAAGAGAGAGAGAGAGGGAGAGAGAGAGAGACGGAGAAAGAGAUAUAUAAAGAAGGAGUCUUCAUGUGAGACAAGCUAAAGAAAGAAAGAUAUACGUCUCUGUGUAUACGUCUGCUAAAGUAGUUGAUGUAAGAGAGAUAGAGAUCGGCGUUCGCUAUAACACGAGAAAGAUAAAAAAAGAAAGAAAGGGUUCGACCCCUCUUUGGAAAACUGGUUGAGAGGAGAACAUGGCAAAAGGAAUUCUGCAAAGCGUUGAACUCAACGCCGCCAACGAAUUCGACGAAGAAAGAAAACUGAAAAGAACGAGAUGGAGAAACCUUGUUGCAUUUUGGAUACUUGGAAUGUGCAACAAUUAUGGUUACGUCGUGAUGUUAAGUGCGGCACACGAUAUUCUUAACAGCAAAUUUGGUAAUUCGAACACAACAACUGAGACUAACGUGACAGAAACAAUUACAAGAAGAUCAUGUAAUAGCAUAUCGACCGGAGCUAUACUUUUAGCUGAUAUAUUACCCUGUUUGGUUGUUAAAAUAACUGCACCAUUCUUGCCGUUUUUUGUCCAUGUUCGACUGGCUACCUGUGUGUUAUUUUCCGCUGCAGGAUUCGUCAUAGUAUCAAUGAGCAUUACAGAAUGGCUUGCAAUAUUGGGCGUCGUUGUAACAUCUGUUUCCUCGGGAUUGGGUGAAGUUACAUUGCUGAGUUACAGUCAUCAGUAUCCAAAAGAAGUUAUCUCAACGUGGUCGUCGGGAACUGGAGGUGCCGGUAUCAUUGGUGCCCUAUCUUAUGCGAGUUUAUCAAUGUGGCUGAAUACAUCAGAAACUUUGCUACUAAUGUUGAUUGUACCAUUAAUACAAGCUAUAACAUUUUGGUUCAUCUUGGUUCAUCCAUCUCAAACAAAUAUUCCUAUUACCAAGGAUGGUAUAGAUAGUCAGGAACAUAUCAUUGAAUUACCGAGAAAAAGUUUCAAGGAUAAAAUCAAUUUACUUCCUGGUUUACUCAAAUACAUGAUUCCUCUUGGAUUCGUUUAUUUCUUCGAAUAUUUCAUUAAUAACGGCCUGUAUGAAUUAAUUCAAUACGAUAAUAUAUGGUUGAAACAUCAGGAACAAUACAGGUGGUUUCAAGUAGACUAUCAGAUAGGCGUAUUUAUUUCGAGGUCAUCGGUGAAUCUAGUUAGCAUUAAUAAGAUCUGGAUUAUGGCUGUUCUACAGUUCCUCAACGUCAUUAUUCUACUUUUCGAGACGAUCUAUUAUUAUAUACCAAAUAUUUGGAUCAUCUUUACUAUUGUAUUAUGGGAAGGUCUUCUAGGUGGUGGCGCCUAUGUUAAUACUUUCUACAGAAUGUCGACUGAGAUUCCACGAGCGGAUAGAAAAAUUUCUUUGGGAAUUGCCACAAUGGCAGAUUCGAUUGGUAUCGCAUUAGCAGGUUGGUUGGCAAUGCCAGUGCACAAUGCAAUUUGUCAUCUACCGAAACCGGUGCGAUUAGGUAGCUAGGAUGGAAUAUCCAAUUGUAUUCGAUAAAUUCUACAGAAGAAGAAAUUUUAAGAUCAUGCUAUCAAGGCAUGUGACAGAGAGAAAGAGAGAGAGAGAAAGAGAGAGAGAGAAAGAGAGAGAGAGAGACAGAGAGAGAGAGAGAGAGAGAGAGAGAGAAGAACGAUCUUAAUAUCUAUAUAUAUAUAUAUAUAUAUGUGUAUGAUGAUAUAUGUAUGUAUUUAAUUUAUUAUUUAAAAUCAUCCAACGGAUUGAGAAUUUUAUUUAUUGAUUCAAUCUAUGAAGUAAGAUCGUAAAUGAUUAAAUUACAUUUAAUCUUAUUAAUUUAGUUGAUGCGAUCGAAAAUGAUGAAAGUGAUAAAAUCUUUAUGAUUCUUUUUUGUAAUCCACCAAAUGGAUAAAUCCUUUGUUAAUUUCAUCCUAUGUUUAUUUUAUUUAAACGUCUUUCUCUCUAUUUCUCUUUGGUAUAUUAUUAUAUAUGGGAAUGCGGAGAGAAUACGGUGAUAGAUGUUUCAGUGACGUCUGCGUUUAUUUUCCUUUUGUUGGAAUUUUUAAUACUCGUCUUGUACAAAUGUGUACAUAUUCGUAAAAGAUUAGGAACAAGGAUAACGCGCGUCUAACUCGUUAUGAAGAUAAAGAGACUCACAUACACCCACAUGCCGUACACAUGUUCUCGCACAUACACACACAUAAUUUAAAAAAGAAUCGUGGAAAUUAAUUUGUUCGAUUUUUUAAAAGUUAUACAUAGUUUUUCGAAUGUUAACAUCAUGUUGAAAUUUUCAACUACAGAUUCCGUUACCAUUUUCUUUUUUUCUUCAUUUUUUUUUCUUUUGUUUUUUUAUUGCAUCAAAAUUUCCCGAUGAAUUACAAACGAAUUUUUUUUUUAUUCAAAUUCCAAACACUCGGCUAUGAUGAGACGAUACGACGUACAAGCAUUUAUAGCACUUAGCUUUUACAACGUCGAAUUACAUUAUUUAAUCUAUUUCGUUAAUUAAGGAUUAAUUCCAAUAUUAAUAGCCAGUCAUAUAGACGUUAUAGAUUAUUUCAUUAUGUGUAUAUAUACACAUUGGAAAAUUGUUUUUAUUAUUUUUUUUUCAUUUUUUUUCUUUUUUUUUUUUUCUCAAUAAAUUGGACGCAAGAGAAAUGUCGAGUAUACGUGCGCAAAAGUUGUUCCUUCGAAAGUUUGCUAUAGCAAAAAAGGAAAAAAGAAAAGAAUAAAAAGGAAAAAAAAAAUUCAUACGUACAUUCAAAGAUUUUUUUUUUAAAUAUUAUCCUUAUACAAUUUUGUGACUUCUUUUUUUUCCUUACGCAAAAGCGCGAGUUUACUCGAACAUUUUUUUUUUUUUUCUUUUUAUCGAUCAACAGACGAUAAAUUUUUAUAUUGCAUAUCGUUGAUCUUUUAAUGUCGAAAAGCAUUAAAAAAAUAUGGAAGAAAAAUAGGAACUUCGAUAAAGCAACGUGCGAAUGAUUUGGGUAAAAUAGGAACUGUAUCGUUACCUUUUUAAUAAGCACGUUGAUCCAACGACAUUGGCGAUUGUAUAAAACGAUAUUUUGAUUAAUAAAAUGUUUUACGUAUUGACUAGUCGUUAUCAUUUUUUUUUUUUUUUUUUUUUUUUUCAUUCGCCAAACGUCGAUCUUACCGUUUCCAAAAGUCGUUGCAAGAUACUUAUCGUCUUAGAUGCAUUAAGUAAUAAAUAUAGCUAAUUAUUAUUACCCUAAACUCUAUAAUAUGUAUGUGAUAAUAAUGAAAUGUUUAUACGUGUAUUUUGAUUCAAUUAUUAUUUGAUUUAUCGAGCCGAGCAAGGUGGA